CCCGUUGCAUUUUGGGAGCGUUCGACCUGGUUACCAUGCCAUUUCAAGGAAAGGAGUGACGUUUGGAAAACACAAGUGACUGAAAGAAACGAAUAAAUUACUAAUGUUCACAGCACGACCAGACUGUUUAUAUGUCUAUUUUGUCUUCUACUUUUACGCACAGGGGAAAUAUCACGUUCUUUUGAAAGGGAUUCAUCAAAGAAGGUAUAUCUUCAGAACAUUGACCAACAAUGGACCAGUCCUCUAGAUAUUCUUUUUAAAGGUUUUAGGAAUAAAAAGAUAUGAAACAUUUCCUUCUAACUAUUUAUUUGAUGUUGCAGUGUUUUUAUGCCCUGUGUACCCUCCCUGCUCCAGUCAAUGUUACCAUCGAUUCUCUCAACUUCCACCAUGUUCUCCGCUGGAUCCCUGGGCCGGGCACACCACCCGGGACCAUGUACAAUAUCUUAUACAGAUGGUUGAAUUUUAUUUUUGGCAGUGAAACGAGGCUACUCAGAGAAAACAACACGACCCUAGAGAUACAACAUCAAACCAACAUGACAAAUCAGAAGCUGGAUCUGAAGUACCCCAAAGAAGUAUACAGAUUGUGUGUUCAGGCUUCCCACGACCUCUUCGAGUCGCCCUUGGCCGGGAUCACCUUCACCCCCUUCACACAGACUGUUAUUGGUCCUCCAACAUUGUCUUUGGAUGGAUGUGGCAAUUGCCUGGUAAUCAACAUCACACUGCCUGAGAUGGGAACCAUUGAAAAGGUCUAUGGGAACAGCAUAUCCUUUCAGAUUGACUGGAAGAGAGCAGGAGAGACUCAGUUCAAAGAGACCCGUACAACUAAUUUAAGUUAUAUGCUGGGGAACUUGAAGGUGGGCACAGAGUACUGUGUGAGGGUGCAUACAUUGAUCAACACCAACAAACAAACACAGCUUUCUGAGUGGAAGUGUGCUCACACCAGUAUUGUGGAGCCUAACAGAGUCCCUGCUGUUGUAGCUGGGCUGUCGGUUCUCUUCAUUGUGAGUGGGGCAGGCCUGAUGCUUCUCAUGUUUGUCCUGUUCUACACUGGGUUCGUGUGCAAGUUGAAGACCCACCUGCCUAGAUCACUGACUGCCCUGGUUGAGGGCUACCUAGUCACCCCAGAGAGAACAGUUCCUGACCUGGUCUCUAUAUCCUCUGAGCCAGAGAAACAAGGGAAGGCCCUCACACCAAAAGCACACUACAACAGAGAGAACGCAAACCAAGCAGGGGAGGAAGAGGAGGAGGAUGAAGAGGAGGAGGGGGGAAACGGCACGGUCUACAUGGACCGCGAUGCGGGGCUCUCCUUUGAUAGCAGCUCCAGCACCACACAGUCCCAGGAAGCAUCAGGGGCCAAUGUUGCCCUUCUUAACGGAGCAGGGCAUUCUGGGGGGUUGAGUUUUGAGGUAGCUGCUGAGGAGGAAGAGGAUGCUCCUGUGGGUGUGGUGGUGCUUGGAGGUCAGGGUCAGAGAGAAGUCAAAGGUGAACUAGCGAAGGUCAUUUCCAGUCUAGACGGAGACCAACCCAGACCUCUGGGACUUGUAGGGUUGGGUGGAGAGGAGGAGAAUGAGAUGAGGGAGGUGGAGGAAGAGAAAGAGAUGAGGGGGGAGACCUCUGGUAACGUCAAUCUGUUCUCUGUGACUCUGGGGGCUUUAAAGAGGGAGGAGGAAGAGGAGGAGGAUGAGAAUGAGACAGAUGUUUUAUUAUGCUGUUCCAAACAGGAGCAGAAGCCUCUACUUCCCAUAGACUCCUUACAGAGGACAUUAGGACUAGACAGCAUGGGAUCACAGGGUGAAGAGGAGGCGGGGGGGAAUGAUUGCUACAUGGACUGCGCCCCCAAGCUCUCCUCUAAAAGCAGCUUUGGCACCACACAGUCCCAGAAUGCAUCAGGGGCCAAUGUGGCCCUUAAUGCAGUAGGGCAUUCUGGGGGGUUGAGUUCUGAGGUAGCUGCUGAGGAAGAAGAGGAAGCUCCUGUGGGUGUGGUGGUGCUUGGAGGUCAGGGUCAGAGCGAGGUCAAAGGUCAACUAGUGAAGGUCAUUUCCAGCCUAGACAGAGAUCUGGGACUUGUAGGAUUGGGUGGAGAGGAGGAGAAAGAGAUGGAGGAGAAAGAGAGGGAGGAGACCUCUAUUAAUGUCAAUCUGUUCUCUCUGACUCUGGGGGCUUUAAAGAGGGAGGAUGAGAAUGAGACAGAUGUUUUAUUAUGCUGUUCCAAACAGGAGCAGAAGCCUCUACUUCCCAUAGACUCCUUACAGAGGACAUUAGGACUAGACAGCAUGGGAUCACAGGGUGAAGAGGAGGCGGGGGGGAAUGAUUGCUACAUGGACUGCGCCCCCAAGCUCUCCUCUAAAAGCAGCUUUGGCACCACACAGUCCCAGAAUGCAUCAGGGGCCAAUGUGGCCCUUAAUGCAGUAGGGCAUUCUGGGGGGUUGAGUUCUGAGGUAGCUGCUGAGGAAGAAGAGGAAGCUCCUGUGGGUGUGGUGGUGCUUGGAGGUCAGGGUCAGAGCGAGGUCAAAGGUCAACUAGUGAAGGUCAUUUCCAGCCUAGACAGAGAUCUGGGACUUGUAGGAUUGGGUGGAGAGGAGGAGAAAGAGAUGGAGGAGAAAGAGAGGGAGGAGACCUCUAUUAAUGUCAAUCUGUUCUCUCUGACUCUGGGGGCUUUAAAGAGGGAGGAUGAGAAUGAGACAGAUGUUUUAUUAUGCUGUUCCAAACAGGAGCAGAAGCCUCUACUUCCCAUAGACUCCUUACAGAGGACAUUAGGACUAGACAGCAUGGGAUCACAGGGUGAGAUACAGGAAGAUACAGGCCUAGUACUGACACCGCCACAGACAGACUGCACACACAAAUACUCUGAAUAUUCAGAUAGACAUGCUGUCAGCUGUACAAAGACAUACUCUGACUGCCUGGUAACGCACACUGGCACUGUGCAGUCUCACAAUGAGACAGAGGAGGAGGAAGACUUCUCAGGCUAUAUGGGACAUCUGCUGCACAGUGGAGUCAAGGUGGAGGAUGUAAGAGUCAGCUUCAUUGACAUGACCACUGAGUGUUGUGGCAAUGGUGUCAUGACUCCAGUGAUAUUGGUGGUUUCCUGGUUACUACAGGCACAUUCAGUUAUGUGUGAUCUGCCUGCUCCAGUCAAUCUGACUCUCUCCUCCAAACAUUUUGUCCACCAGCUGAGGUGGGAUCCAGGCCCGGGGUCCCCCAGGGGUGUGUACUACCGCGUGAAGGUUCUCUCUGACAGGGGUGGCCAAUCUUGGAAGGUGGUGGCUGGUUGUGAGCACGUGGAGUUCCCUCUGGUGUGUAACCUGACUAAAGCAUUCUCGAGCCACAGUCACACCUACUACAACCAGGUGUUCGCUGUGUCUGGGAACCAAGUCUCACCCCCGGCCAACCAAAGCGGCUUUAAACCCAUCGAUGGCACCCUCCUGGACCCGCCCGUGGUGAGUGUUAAGGCAUGUGGCAGCACUCUGUGUGUGGACCUGAAGCCUCCUGUGGACGGCCUGCGGGAUGUCUACGACAAGUUCCGCUACAGUUUAAGCAUCAGAAGCAGCAGGCAUGGAGCUAAGUACUCUGAGGAGAUGAAGUCUCUGAAAAAGAUUCUAAAGAACCUGGCUCCAGGCAGAGAGUACUGUGUCUCCGUCAGAAUAAUGGACAGCGAGGAGAGAAGCGACAAGAACUCUUCCUACAGCCAACCACACUGUGCCUUCACUGCUGCCAAGUACAUCGCAGACACAGAGAUCUCGGUGGUUUUGUGUUUGCUUGUGUUGUUUGGGCUGUGUAGUACUACCCUACUGUUUCGCACUGGAUUCAUCUGUCUGAGACAACACCUUCCAGAAGUACUGAGCUCAAUACAACACCACGAGGAGAACCUACAUCCAGUGCCCUAUGAUGAGGAACCAUUUUCUUCAGUGCAUCUAGUGCCACCAUCGCCCCCUUCAGGAAGCACUGGGAAGGACAGAGAGAGUGAGGAAGAAAGUGAGGCAGAGACAGAGGGAAGCAGUGGGGGAGGACAAGGAUACAAGACACGAGGGAUCACUGCUGGUCUGACCCCUCAUAACCCCCUCUCUUCCUCCUCUUCCUCUGGAACAGAGGUGUUCCUACACCUCUGUCUAAACACAUGCUCUCCGGCAUAUCCCACUGCCACAGACACUCAGACCACCGCUGAGACACAGUCCAACCGCCCUCACGUUCCUCUUUUCAUAACCAGCGACCAACAGCCUGAAUCUCUGCUCAGACCUGACGGCCUCUCAAUGUCCCUAUCAAACAACCAUCCACUGUCUAGACCCUCACAAACCAGUCAGCUUACAGAGCCAGCUCAAUAUGCCUCAAGGGGACAGGACUUGAGCUUCAGUCUCUCCUCAGAGAGGGACACAGGGAAUGCAGAGGGAUUACAUCCGGAGGAGGAGGAGAGCUGCCUGGAUGUCAACCUGCUGUCUGUAACCCUAGGUAGACAUGAGGAGAUGAAGAUGCAGAGAGAGAUGAUGGUACCAGAACACCUCUUUCUGGGGGAGCCCCCUGAGCCCACCACUCCCUUCCUACCCUCUGACACCACGUUUUGGGCCACAGAGCCUGCCAUAACACAGACGCACACUGCUACCUCUGAGGAAGAGGAGGAGGAAGAUGAGGAGUAUUCUGGUUACAUGAGGCGACGAGAGAAGUAAUUUGUUGCAAAAUUAACCAACUAUCCAUUCCAUUCCAUUUUUUUUGCCAGGAGGUUUUUUAUUUGUUAAUGAAAGGUGCCGACUAGUGGACAUUGUGUACUCUUCUGGCAUAAAUAUCAGUCUUCCCAAGGUAGCCUGAAGUGGCUUCCCCUCCUUGUCCUUCCUUUAUUUUUGUUAUUAACCUUUAUUUAACUAGCCAAGUCAGUUAAGAACAAAUUCUUAUAUUCAAUGACUGUCUAUCAGGGAACAGUGGGUUAACUGCCUUGUUCAGGGGCAGAACGACAGAUUUUUACCUUGUCAGCUCGGGGAUUCGAUCCAGCAACCUUUUGGUUACUAGUCCAACGCUCUUACCACUAGGCUACCUGCCGCCCUUUUAUCUGCAUUAGGUGAAAAUAACUGUUUCUCUCCACCGUAUUGCUUUGAAUUUUCUUGUAUUUUCAGACCAGUUAAAAUUUAAAAGAGAAGAGCCAAUAUAUUUGCCUGACUACCCAGACUCCUUGCACCGGCCAUAUGCUACACCACGCCCAAGGACGUUAGUUUUUUCUCCGCAAUGAGUCUGGAUUUGAGUACCUCCCGACGAUUUCUAGAAUGCAAACGCAUUCUAACCAUUCUGAUUGGUCCCAGAAACUGAUGGAUUGGACCAGAGCCAGAACACACAUGGAUAAAGCUGCGUUUAGAAAAUGUCAUUGGGUUUGAUAAUCUGAUUGGUUAGAAAUGAUCCAAUCACUGAUGACUUUGUUUUGUACAACACCCCUCCUUUUGAUGUCACCACAAAUUACUUCGAUGUCAGUUUCAGACUGAAGUAUGUAGCGAACGACAGAACAGCGGAAGUAUUUAGUUUGAGUCGUCGGCCAACCAAUAGUAUUGAUAUGGACUAUACUAAAUUAUUGCAGUUUUUUAAAGUAUUUAGACAUAGAAUUAUGUUUUUUUACAUCAUUAAAUUGUUAAAGUACAUAUUACCUCAGCAAGGUUCUCAAGUUGCUAACUUGAAUGUGAGAGCCAUUAUCAAAAGUUACAUUAGGUUUACAAGUACUUUGGGGUUAUAUUAUCGAUGUUCACAGACGGCAUUAGUACUACUGGCUAAUGCUAAUGUGCAAACGUCAAGGUCAUCACUGGUCAAGCUAUACAAUACAGUAUUCUGUACUUAUUCACAAGUUUAAGGUCAACAUACUUUUUAGUGUUUAUGCGAUCAUCGUAGUAGUACUUCUUUACUUGCUUUUUGCUAUACUGUAGGAAACAUUUAAUCUAACUGUUACAUAUUCAGGAAAAAGUCAUAAUUUAAGUGUGUAUUAUACUAAUUUUGCAAUCACCGUUUUAUUUGUUAACGCCAAUUUAUUUUAUAAAUGUUACUUUUUUUAUCCUUAAUUUUGUAUGUAAUAAAAUAUUUUUCUACCAUCUUAAAA